AAUAACCAGAAUUCGGAGAAGAGAAUUGACGGGAUUCAUCUUCGGCAAUUUCAAUUCCGUUGAACGGAGGCUGCAAAAAUAAGCAAACUCGUUAAAGAUACGAAGGCUGGGUUUGGGCCUUGGGGUGUUGGACAAUUACACACUUUGACUUAUUUUAAAGCUUCUAUUUUUUUUCUAAUUCAAAAGACGUAAAUGCCCUUGAAAUUGCGCACAAUUGCACGAUUGCCCCCCCCGGACCCGGAGGUUAAAUUGAAAGAAUUGUUGUUUUGUUCAUCCACGACAGAGAAAAAAAGGAAAAAAAAGAAAAAAAAAUUAGGGUUUGAAUAUGAGCGAUUAAGGUGAAAAAAUGAAGAGAGAGAAUGAAGAAGAUAGUCGAGGAAGAGAAAGAGAAAGAGCUGAAGCAGACGACUUCGGACGAGCUGCAUCAAAAAUGGCGGUUGCGCAGAUUUGCGAAGGGAUUGGAUAUGAAGCAGUGAAGCAAUCAUGUUUAGAAGCAUUAUCAGAUAUUGUGAUUCGAUACAUCUGUGAUUUAGGAAAAUCAGCUACUUUUUAUGCUAAUUUAGCUGGUAGAUCAGAAUCUAACGUUUUUGACAUAUUUAAGGGUUUACAAGAUUUAGGGCCAGAAAUCAGCAAUCAGCAGUUGUCUCAUUUUGUGGAAGAGAAUGAAAUUCCAUUUGCACAACCAAUUCCACGCUUUCCAAUUCCAUCUUCAUCAAAACACAUUCAAACUCCGACUUUCUUGCAAAUGGCUGAAAUUCCAGUUAGUAAUCAUAUACCAGAUUGGUUGCCCGCAUUUCCAGAUCCUCAUACUUAUAUUCGCACACCUGUGUGGAAUCAUAGGAAAUUGGAACUUCAGAUUGAUAAAGGGGAGCAAGCUAGGCAGAGAAGAAAGGCGGAACGUUCUUUGCUUAAUUUGCAGCAACGCCUGCUGUCCAAUGCUUUAGCCGGACCCUCGUGUUCGGGGUCGAAUGGGGAGAAUCGAAUGUGUAUGGAGGAUAAUUCGGUGUCCGGACCGCCAGUUGGGAACAAAGAUGGGUAUCAAAAUGGUGUUUGUGAUAGGAAACAUGUGUUGGUGAAGCAGACAUUUGCUCCUGUUAUUGAUGCAUUUAAGGCAGCUGGUGGAAGUGAUGAUGUUUCGGAUUCGGAUGCCAUGGAUUUAGAUAAGAGGGUGAUUCCGAAUAAGAGGCGGCCAGUGAUUCAUUUCAAGUUGAAGGCUGGAAAGAAAAUGCUGGUUGAAGAUUUGGAUAUACAUCUUAGGAAUAAGAUGAAUGAAAAGAGGGGAUCAUUGAUGGGAAGAGAUGAUGCCAUGGAUGACAAGAAAAGGAGAGCUGAAUUCAUUCUUAGGCAAUCAUCUAUGGAUAAUCCACAGGAAGUGUCUCAGAUGUAAAUUACUCAUCUUUCUUGUCAAUUCUUUGUAGGUGUAGGAAACUUGGUCAGGUUGAAGCUAGUAGUCAGUCUGUUGAUGGGGUGAUUUAUAAUUGGUACAUUAUCUUUGUUUCUAGCUUUGUAGCAGUAAUCUUCUUUCUCCACUUGACAUUUUUUGACACACUUGUACUACUAAAAUUCUUUAACGUAUCCUUUCUCAUCCUGCAACUCUGGAUAUCCAAAAUUACAAUGUAUAACUUGAUUUAGUUUGUUGUAUCAUACUUCUAUCAACUAUGUUGUAUUUUCUGGUA